CAAUUUGAGGACUAAAAUUACUCAAACCAGUUAGGAGCCUGCAAAAAACUCAAAAUUAUACGUCUAUAAGAAAAAAGUGAGUGCUUUCUGUAUUGGAAAAUUUGCCCUUCGGAUUACAGUUUCUUUAUAAGUUAUACUGUAAACGAAAGCAAAUAAUUAUGAAUCCUGCUUUUAUCACUCUCUGUAAAUUCAUAGUUUUUGUUCUAAUAUUUUUGAGUUUAUUUACAUAUGUUGUUAUUGGCAGUACGUCUGCACCAAAGAAAUUACAAAUUGGUGUUAAAAAGAGACCAUCAGAAUGCCCAACCAAGAGUAAAAAAGGAGAUUUACUACAUAUGCAUUACACGGGCACAUUGGAUGAUGGCACUGAAUUUGAUAGUUCUAUACCACGUGGUAAUCCCCUCACCUUUACACUUGGAGCAGGCCAAGUCAUUAAAGGUUGGGAUCAGGGACUAAUAGGGAUGUGUGAAGGUGAACAAAGGAAGCUUGUUAUACCACCAGAGUUGGGUUAUGGAGAAGCUGGUGCUCCACCAAAGAUACCAAAGUCUGCCACUCUUACAUUCCAUGUAGAUCUUGUCAAAAUUGAAAGAAAAGAUGAACUGUAAUUUCUAGUUCACUUUUCAUAUAAUUGGUUUCUUAUGCCUUUAUAUACUUACUA